AUGAUCGAAAAGAUUGCCCAGCGUUAUGCAGUCGAUCUCGCCCCAAACCACACGGUCAAGAGUGGCGACUUUGUCACCAUCCGUCCCGAACACGUCCUCACCCAUGACAACACCGGUGCUGUCAUCUCCAAAUUCAAGAGCAUCGGUGCCGCACAGUUCAAGAACCCCACUCAACCAGUCUUUGCAUUGGAUCAUGAUGUCCAGAACAAGACCGAAAAGAACCUUACAAAGUACGCCACGAUCGAGGCAUUUGCAGACGAGAACAAGGUCGACUUUUACCCUGCAGGCCGCGGCAUUGGACACCAGGUCAUGGUCGAGGAGGGCUACGCAUUCCCAGGAACUCUCACCGUUGCCUCGGACUCCCACUCCAACAUGUACGGCGGCAUCGGAGCCCUCGGCACACCGAUCGUCAGAACCGAUGCAGCCGCGAUCUGGGCCACGGGCCAGACCUGGUGGCAAGUCCCACCAGUUGUCAAGGUCGAGCUUAAGAACAAGCUGGCCCCCGGUGUCACCGGAAAGGACGUCAUCAUCACCCUCUGCUCCGUCUUCAACAAGGACGAGGUCCUCAACACCGCCAUCGAAUUCACAGGCGAAGGUGUCAAAUCCCUCGGAAUCGAGGACCGACUCGCCAUCGCCAACAUGACCACGGAAUGGGGCGCUCUUGCAGGUGUCUUCCCCAUCGACGAGGAGACCCGCGCCUAUUAUGAAAAGCGCAUCAAGGUUCUGGAGCGCACACGGUUUACGAACAAGAACCUGAAGAAGGUCCCUGUUGGCCAGGAGUUUGUUCACCCUCGCGUCAACGGGGAGAGGAUCGAACAGGUUCUGAAGAAUGAGGUCGCCCCUGACGAAGGUGCAUUCUAUCACAAGCACCUGACCCUCGAUCUGGCCACGGUUUCCCCGUACAUCUCUGGACCCAACUCUGUCAAGGUUGCGCAGUCAGUCCAGGACCUAAAGGAUGUCAAGAUCAACAAGGCCUAUCUGGUCUCUUGUGUCAACUCGCGCGCAAGUGACCUGCGCCAGGCUGCAGCUGUCGUGCGCGGAAAGAAGAUUGCAGACGGAGUUCAAUUCUACGUUGCUGCUGCCAGUAGCGAAGUUCAGGCCGAGGUUGAGCAAACCGGCGAUUGGCAAGCUCUCAUGGACGCCGGUGCCACCCCCCUGCCCGCCGGCUGUGGACCAUGUGUUGGUCUGGGUACAGGACUAUUGGAGGAUGGUGAGAUUGGUAUUUCUGCCACGAACCGCAACUUCAAGGGCCGUAUGGGUUCUCCCAAGGCCCUCGCCUACCUUGCUUCUCCAGCCGUCGUUGCUGCCUCAGCUAUCUCGGGCAAGAUUGUCUCUCCUGGAUCCAUGACCCUUGGCUCUGUGCUGACCCCUGUUACCAGCAUCACUACGGCUCAGGGCGGUCAGACCCAGUCCUCUGACGAUAAUGCAGCCUCGGACGAGACAAUCCCCAACUUUCCUUCCCAGAUGACUGGCGAGCUCUUGUUCUGCCCCGCCGACAACCUGAACACAGAUGGUAUCUAUCCCGGCAAGUACACAUACCAGGACGACAUCGGACCUGAGACCAUGCGCAAGGUCGUGAUGGAGAACUACGACACCAACUUUGCUAGCAUUGUCCGUCCCAGCGACAUCCUGAUCGGAGGAUUCAACUUUGGCACAGGAUCAAGUCGUGAGCAGGCUGCGACCGCACUGCUGUCUGCAGGCAUCAAGCUGUUGAUCGCAGGAUCGUUCUCGGAGACAUUCAAGCGCAACUCGAUUAACAAUGGACUCUUGCUGAUGGAGAGUCCAGAGUUGGUCCACGACCUGGCCAAAGAGCGUGGGAAGGACCAGUUGACGGAUCGCACGGGCUGGAAGGCGACUGUGUCUUUGGCGAGCGGCAAGGUCGUUGUGAGUCGUGAGGGAAAGGAGGAUCGCAUGUAUAGGGUUGGCGGUUUGGGCAAGAGUAUCCAGGAGCUGUGGGUCGCCGGUGGUCUGGAAGGCUGGGUUAAGGAGCGUAUCCGCCAGGGCUGA